GCGCGACCUGUGUUAUUGCGCUUGUCGCUAUGACAACUGCGAUCAAAGAGUUAUGAACUUUUAGUAGACUAUAGGCUCAUGGAGUAGUGGGUUAGUGUGUCUGAAAAUUUGAGAGCUUCGUUUUGAUUUGCAAAGCUUAAGACAAUGUCUGUCGUCACCAAACAAGUGAUUGCGGCUAUAACGUUGAUAGUGUUAAUGUCAAGGAUCGGGCAAACGAAAUAUAUUGAAGGAGAACUGAAUAGUGCAGAGGACUGGGCUUUUAUAGCACGAUUUUGCUUCCUGUCUGAGGAGGGUCGCUUUCAAUACACAAUUACUUACGACAGAGUAUUUGCCGUGCAAAACUUGCUCCUUUAUUAUGAUACCGACACACAGUGGCCGGCUGUGUAUAAGACAAAUAAGACUUGUCGCGAGAAAGAAGCUGUGAUGGCCGCAGGACAGAACCAAGUAAUUUCGCUGUCAGCAAAGACUCCUUUCCUUUCUGGCUGUUCUGAGGAAGACGAUGUAAUUACAUGCGUCAACGACAGACGAUUCCGCUCCGCCCGAGAGAGAUGGUGGUUUUUGGCGAUUAGCAAUUGCAAUACUACAAAGGGCCUAAAUCUUCAGUACAAAUUCCAUAUGACGAAUGGACCACCUGAAGAUUACUGGAGGCACCAUUUUUCUGCCGAUGAAUUUUACAUCCUGCCACUUCUGAUCACCUUUCUUUUCAUUUACGUGGUCCUUCUCUUCGCCGUAUUGAUUUUCGCUGUUGAACUACGCUCGCGGCAGCUUUUGCACACCACAUACCGGCAAUUUAUAGUGUCUGUCAUGUUACAAACAUUAGGCAUUGGGACACAGGGCUUCUCAUAUGCCAGGUAUGCUGGUGACGGAAUCGGAAGCCCACUUCUCAAAGACAUAGGACGAUUACUGGAAGCUGCCAGCGAAAAUAUUUUUUUACUCAUGCUCAUGCUGCUGGCUCAGGGCUACACUGUCACAAAAGGCAGACUAAAACUCAGCGCUGCGGUGCGUCUGACAAUCUUCAUGUGCCUUUAUUCCGCCGGGCAAAUCGCUCUAUUCGCCUGGGAAAAUCAGCUAUUUGACCCUGGGGAGGUGCUGUAUCUUUACGAGUCACCAGUUGGACACGGACUAGCGAGUCUGCGCUUAAUUGCCUGGGCUCGAGCGCUCCUUUCCACGGCCCAAACUCUGGCCAAAGGUGCCGGAUCGAAGGUGCGAUUUUACAAGCGCUUCGCAACACUCGCCGCUUUGUGGUUCAUCUCCGGGCCCAUACUAGUGCUCGUUUCCAGCUUAUGGGUGGAUAAAUGGGUGCGGGAAACGGUGUGGUGCGGUGCCUCGCACACGAUCGCUUUGGCAGGCCACAUCGCGUUUUGUGUACUCACAAGGCCGUCAAGAGCAAACGCGAAUUUCCCCUAUCACGUUCGCACGUCGCAAGUCGGAGUGAUGACCCCAACAAUGAGAGAAACUGAGGACGAAGAAAACACGUUCAACCAACACGCUUACGCGCCGUCAAGUGCUGUGAUUGAGCAGGCUUUGGGACAGAUGGGGAGGAAAACGAGUCCGCACCAGCAGAACGGUGACUGGGCCAGCCACGUUCCAGUUGGCUUGUUCACUGUCAGCCAGCAGGUGAAUAACAACGCAACCUCAAUGACCCCAGCUGCGGCUGAAGUGACCACACCAGGAGUGAGCACAGAAUCUGACAAUAGUUUGAGCCCAGACCACGAGCAACGGCGGAUAGCCACGCAGGAUGGUGUGCAAAAAUUUUGACGCCGUUAUAAGUACAAAUAAAUAAUAUGAGAUUAU